CGCGCUUUGCCUGCUGCCGGCGCGGUCGGUGCGGCCAUGGAGGCUCCCGGCGGCAGCCGCCCGGUCACCGUCAGUGACGUGCAGGAGCUGGUGCGGCGCAAGGACGAGCUGGAGGCGCAGAUCAAGGCCUGCUACGAGCUGCUGGAGAGCCAGAAGGGCGUGGGGAUGAACGAGCCGCUGGUGGACGCAGAGGGUUUCCCCCGCGAUGACAUCGACCUGUACCAAGUGCGCACCGCCCGGCACAACAUCGCCUGUCUGCAGAACGAUCACAAGGCCCUCAUGAAGCAGGUGGAGGAAGCUCUGCACCAGCUGCACGCCCGCGAGAAGGAGAAGCAUGCCCGGGACGAGGCAGAGGCGCUGGCCGAGGCACAGAGCCAGAGCCAGAGCCUGCCGCAGGCCUUCGCCAGGGUGAAUGCUGUCAGCCCAGGCUCUCCUGCCAGCAUCUCGGGACUCCAGGUGGAUGAUGAGAUUGUGGAGUUUGGCUCUGUCAACGUGAACAACUUCCAGAACCUGCAGAACUUCGCCACAGUGGUGCAGCACAGCGAAGGGAGUCCCCUGAGUGUGACUGUGAUCCGUGGUGGCAGGAAAGUGCACGUGGGGCUGAUCCCAAAGCGCUGGGCUGGGAAGGGCCUCCUGGGCUGCAAUAUCAUUCCCUUGCAGAGAUAACCAUUGCCUGGAAAACAAUAAAGCCGAAGCUUGUGCCUGCUUUCUGGACUCUGAUCUGCUUGAGAACUCUGUGGUUUUGGUGACAGAAGUGAUUUGGAGGCUGUGAGCUCUGGGUGCCAGGCUCCAGAGUCUGGAGAGGUUCUGAUGGAGCAGGGCCUGCUGCAGUUCAGGAUGGCGCUGGCUCAUCGGGAAUAACCUGCAGCACUGCAGGACUUGGCUUCUCCUCUUAUGCCUUGUAUUAGAGUGGAAUGAGGUUAUAGAGAGACCCAAACCUCACCUGAUAAAGGCUCUAAAGAGCGUGAGAUGCUCUUGGUGAUAAUGGACCAUUCCUUUUCACCUCACUUACACAAUUCCUCACUGAACAUCUUGGAAUACACAUUAAAGAGUCCUGGAGCACUUUGUGGUGUUGUUAACAGUAGGUGAUAGUCAAGAAAUGUGCAGAUUUUACUUUCUCUCCCCCAUGUUACAACUUCUGAGGUCACCAAAGUUUUGGAAUGCCUCAUUAAGUUAAUGAGAUAAGCAACAGGGGCUAUAAUUCUGCUUUGAUUCACUUUUAGCAGCUCCCAAAGUCAUGGUUAAAGUACCUGUGAUCCAGUUUCACCAUUCCUUUGAAUUGUUCUUUUUUAUCUUUCUAUUUGCAGUGGUUGGGUUUGGGGUGCUUAAACUCUUUGAGGGGAUUUUGGGGGUGGUUGGGAUUAAGCUUGUUUCCAGUUGACCUUCAGAAUACUCUCCCAAAGCAAUAAAACUGAGGAACUUCUCUGCA